GCAGAAAUCCCAAAGAAACCGGAUUCGCGAUGUCAGACAGCAGGCUGCCCGCAGUCCACCCAUUCAUGCAAAAUGGUUUCCUGUUCCCGACGCUGUAUGGAUCUAUACAAGACAGGCCGCUUGCAUGCUGCGACACAUGCUGCCGGCGCUCCGGCGACCUCCACUCUCCAGAAGACGUGGCACCUCCGCGGACGGCGCGUUUCUCCUUUUUCUCCGCACUUGGAUGAGGACCUGGAGACGCCGCCUGGGCGGUGGCUGAUCAAGGCGCACGAAAGCCUACGGUCUGAUGUCUGCAAAGUCAAAGCCUCGCAGGAGAGGAAGGGGCAGGUGCCCUUUGGCAGUGGACGUGGCAGUACACACUGAAUUCGUGCACGGUAAAAGUAAGUGUAUGGCAUUUCCGGAUUGACUCAGCACAUGUGCAGGGUGCGGGAGGCGCCGAGCAGGGGAAGCCUCUUGCGCCGCUGAGGGCGCACAGCCGGGUGGGGUCACCUGAAUCCAAACCUGCGCGAUUUGCGCCCCGCACAUAUGUGGCAAGGGUAUAUGUUUCAGAUAUGCUUACUAUGUACACACACUUGCUCGCUUUGAGUGUACGAAGUAUUUGAAUCGGAAAUUUGAAGUCUGUCAACGAACUACGAAGCCAUUUCAUAGCGCCAGAGGUCCUGGGUAUCAGCCAUGUGUUGUUUGCUUUAGGCUGUAAGGCUAUUCUCAA